AAGUCAAGUGUGUCCCAGUAACAGACAAGUAUCUUGGUUUGAUAAUAUGUUUAUUACUAUUACUUGGUUGAAGUGAUAUUAUUCUUUUGAUAGAUAAUGUGUUCUAGGCAAUAUUUUAUUAAGUUCUUGGCAGUUGAAAGAAUUGGAUAAUGUCUAAGUCAUGCUUUUUUAAUCUACUUUUUUUAAUAGGGUUUAUUAGUUUCCUGAGUAACUAUAGAUUUUCAACUCUUUAUUGUUGAAAAUCUUAAGGCUGGUGUCUGUUUGAUGGUGUUGCGUUUUCUUGCAUUGUCAUUGAGUUGGAGAGAUGCGUGGGGUUCUUGCCAUCAUCAUCUUCUUCCUUUGUAACUUGCUGGUGGUCACUGAUUAUGGUUAUUCACAUCCACUGUGUACUAAUUUAAGGGCACCCUUUGUCCCAGAAACCUCUCUGUCUUUCUGCCAAUACAAUGGAAGUGUUUGUUGUAACUCCACUGAAGAUCGGGAGUUGAAGAAGCAAUUUAAAGCAUUGAACGUCUCUUCUCCUGGUUGUGCUUCUCUUCUAAAAUCAAUACUCUGCUCGAGAUGCGACCCUUUUUCAGCAGAUUUAUAUAGAAUUGAAUCUGUACCUCGUGUAGUUCCCGUUCUUUGCAAUUCCACACUUUCAGCAAACUCAACCCAGUCACAAUUUGCUGCCGGUGAUUUUUGCUCAAAAGUCUGGGACGGGUGCCACAAUGUCACAGUAUCAAAUUCUCCAUUUCCGUCUCCAGGAAAAGGUGGAACAGUGACUAAUUCUUCUUCCAAGCUCACUGAUUUAUGGCAGUCCAAGAAUGCUUUCUGCAAUGAAUUUGGAGGAAUGUUAGCUGAUGGUUCAGUAUGUUUUGAUGGCAAACCAGUUUCGCUGAACAGUUCCGAAAGCCCAAGUCCUCCAAGUGGCAUUUGCCUUGAAAAAAUUGGAAACGGUUCCUACCUUAAUAUGGUAGCUCAUCCUGAUGGUUCAAAUAGAGCCUUCUUGGCAAACCAACAGGGUAAGAUUUGGUUGGCAACUAUUCCAACAGAGGGUUCUGGAGAACAAUUAACACUUGAUGAAUCAAAUCCUUUUCUUGAUUUAACUGAUGAAGUAUAUUCUGAUUCCGAGUUUGGGAUGAUGGGAAUAGCAUUUCAUCCAAAUUUUCAACAAAAUAGUCUCUUCUAUGUUUCUUUUAACUGUGAUAAGGUUAGAUGGCCUCAAUGUUCAGGAAGAUGUUCCUGUAAUUCUGAUGUGGGAUGUGAUCCUUCAAAACUGACUCCGGAUAAUGGAGCACAGCCAUGCCGGUAUCACAGUGUCAUAGCAGAGUUCACUGCUAAUGGUGCCUUGUCACAACCUUCCUUGGUAAUAAAUGCCCACCCUGCUGAAGUUAGAAGAAUAUUUACCAUGGGUCUUCCAUUUACAUCCCAUCAUGGUGGUCAAAUAAUCUUUGGACCUGAAGAUGGGUAUUUAUAUUUUAUGAUGGGAGAUGGAGGAAGUAGAGGUGAUCCUUACAACUUUUCACAAAACAAGAAAUCCUUGCUUGGAAAGAUUAUGAGGCUAGACAUAGAUAACACACCCAGUGCACAAACAAUAAUUGACUUGGGUUUGUGGGGUAACUAUUCUGUUCCCGGUGAUAAUCCAUACAUUGAAGAUAAGGAUUUGCAACCUGAAAUUUGGGCCUUAGGGUUCAGAAAUCCCUGGAGAUGUAGUUUUGAUGCAGAAAGGCCUUCCUAUUUUCUAUGUGCAGAUGUUGGGCAGGAACAAUAUGAAGAAGUGGACAUUAUCACUAAGGGUGGAAACUAUGGCUGGCGAGUUUAUGAGGGCCCCUUUCUUUACAAUCCUCCAAGUUCUCCAGGAGGAAAUACAUCAGCUAGCUCCAUAAACCCAAUUUUCCCUGUAAUGGGAUACAAUCACUCUGAUGUAAACAAGGUCGAAGGAUUUGCUGCAAUCACAGGUGGCUAUUUCUAUCGGUCAAUGACAGAUCCAUGCAUGAAUGGAAGAUACCUGUACGCAGAUUUAUAUGCUGGGGCAAUAUGGGCAGCCACAGAAAGCCCUCGAAAUAGUGGAAACUUCACUAGUACGUCACUUUCUGUGACUUGUGCUCACGAUUCUCCUAUCCCAUGUACAACUGAAGAAGAGAGUUCUCUCCCUGCAAUGGGGUUCAUAUUCUCUUUUGGUCAGGAUAACAGGAAAGACGUUUUCAUCUUAGCCAGCAGUGGUGUGUAUAGAGUUGCUCGACCAAGUCGGUGCAACUACUUCUGCUCAAAGGAAAAUGUCACAGCUACUCGUCCGAGUCCAGGUCCCUCUGCUCCUUCCCCUUCACCCUCUGCUGGGGAACAGCUGAGCCAUUCAUCAAUGCAGUUACUACAACUCUUAUCCUUUUCAUUAUUGCUUUUUUGGAACUUUGCUCGACUCCAAUAACUAAACACCACCAUCCAGUGGGAAGAUAAAAUUGGAACGCAAGAAUGAUUCCUUUAUAAAUAAAUUGUUGUAGACUUGAUCA